UUGAUUUGGAGACAGUUUUGUAGCUGACAUGCCUGAACCAGCCAAAUCUGCUUCUGCGCCCAAGAAGGGCUCCAAGAAGGCGGUGACCAAAGCCCAGAAAAAGGACGGCAAGAAGCGCAAACGCAGCCGCAAGGAGAGCUACUCCGUGUACGUGUACAAGGUGCUGAAGCAGGUUCAUCCUGACACUGGCAUCUCGUCCAAGGCCAUGGGCAUCAUGAACUCUUUCGUGAAUGACAUCUUUGAGCGCAUCGCGGGGGAGGCGUCUCGCCUGGCGCAUUACAACAAGCGCUCGACUAUCACCUCCCGGGAGAUCCAGACGGCCGUGCGCCUGCUGCUGCCGGGAGAGCUGGCCAAGCACGCCGUGUCUGAGGGCACAAAGGCUGUCACCAAGUACACCAGCUCCAAGUAGUUUUAAAACAUCUUCAAACUCAAAGGCUCUUUUAAGAGCCACCAAUUUUCUCAGCAUAAGAGUUGUAGUGACUUAAUAUUUUCUAUGA